CUCCCCAAGCCAUCCCUUCAGCCAUGAACCUACUGUUCCUGGUCUUUGCAUCCCUUGGAUUCCUGGGGACUCCAGCCAGCGGGGGCGGCUCGGGCUGUGGGCGCAAGUUCCCAGGAUACUGCAGGUUGCACUGCAGCUCCCUGGAAAGACCCACCUUCAUGUGCAACAGGAGCAAACAGUGCUGCGUCAGAGACCUCGUGAAGCCCGUCAUGCCACCGCCCAUCCACAGAGCCAGGAAGCUCUGCAGAACAGCCACCAAAAGGCAAAGGGAGAAGCAACCAACGGCAACAGCGCCACGACCACCAUCUGCGACACCACCACAACCGCGGGGUAUGCCGCUGCGACCAACAUCGCCAGGUGUCCAAAGUACUGCUGCCGCCCCCCCAUAAAGGGCUGAGGCUCCCUCCUUCUGCAGCUCCAGUUCAUGACUCAUUUCAAAAACUCCUGUCUCCCACGACCCUCUGCCAUCACUGGAGAAGCCCCGGAGUGUGUAUCUAGCCCACACCAAGAACCGCCAUUUGGACUCAUCCAUAGGAUAUGUGUCAGUUUGGAGCCUCAAAGAGCUAA